GGAGGUCUGGACGCCACUGAUGCUUUUGAAUCCAUAGGGCAUUCCGAAGAAGCUCGCGAUAUUUUGAAAAAUCUUGAAGUUGGUGAAUUGGUUGAGGGAGCCCCUCCACAAAAAGAAAAGCCCACCCCGUCAAAACCAUCACCAUCAAAAGACGAACCAUCAAGCUUAUUUUGCUUACAAGUAUGUUUCAUCCGAAGCAUCAAAUUAAUUGAUUUUAGUGCCGGACAUACUUAA